AGUCACCUCCAGUUGCCGGGGAAACAGUAGAAGGGGGAUCGUGGUGCUUCAGCUACACGUCAAUAUCACGCUUGCUUUUGUCUAGAAGCACAGUGUCUCUCUUCAUAGUCAACAGGUUUACUAAUUGAUUUUUGUACUUACAAAACGUUAAGACAUUAUCAUUGAUCCGAAGAUGGCGACUAACAUAAAAAGUUGGUAUAGCGGAAAAAACGUGUUUAUUACAGGUGGAAGUGGUUUCUUGGGUAUUUGCCUUUUGGAGAAGCUUCUCCGAACAAUCCCAGAUAUUGGAACGAUUUAUUUGCUGUUACGUCCGAAGCGCGGCAAGGAGAUCAACCAGAGGUUGGAAGAGAUCAAGAAGAAUUUAGUAUUUGAAAAAUUGUUCGAAACUACAUCCGUCGAUGAGGCAUUCAAAAAUGUUAAAUGCGUGGCUGGAGAUGUUGGCCAACCGGAUUUGGGUUUAUCACCGGAAGAUAGGAAGAUGCUUAAGGAUAAUGUAAACGUCAUCUUCCACAGCGCUGCUACCUUGGACUUUGCAGAGUCGUUGAAGACGACCGUGGAUAUUAACCUUCUUGGUACUAGACGCUGUUUGCAAUUGGGAAAAGAAUGCACAAAUUUAAAAGUGUUCAUACACGUCAGCAGUGCUUAUGUGAACUCUUGGGCUUUAGUUACUGAAGAGAUCGUCUAUCCGUUGAAGCAAGACGUCGAAAAAUUAAUUAAACUUACUGAGACUUUGAGUUCUGAGGAAUUGGAAAGUCAAACGCCUGAAAUUUUAGGGGAUCAUCCUAACACUUAUACCAUCACCAAGCAGAUGGCAGAGCAUGAAGUUCAAGCUUGUCAGGAUUUAUUCCCUUGUACCAUAGUCAGGCCCAGCAUGAUUAUUGGAGCUUGGAAAGAACCUAUUCCUGGUUGGACCAUCAGUAAAAAUGGAGCACAAGGCUUUUUGAUGGGCGCUGCCAAGGGUGUCGUCAGGCGUCUUCCUGUUGGAAAAGAGAUCAUCUAUGAUAACAUUCCAGUAGAUAUUGUUGUCAAUGAACUCAUCGCCGCCGGAUUCCAUGCUGCUGUUACUGAAGCAAAGGAAGUACAAGUGUACCACUGCACCAGCAGCACUUGUAACCCAUUCCGUUGGGCAACUGUCGAAGAUAAGGUGAACGUGUAUUUACAUCGUUAUCCGCUAAAAUCAGCUGUAUGGUAUCCACACUUGAAGUUCCUUCCAACAUUGACAUGGUUCAAAUUUUCUGCAAUUUUCGUGCACAUUAUCCCCGCUAUGUUUUUGGAUUUGUUAACAAGAAUAUUUGGAGGAAGGCCGAUUCUGGUUAAAUUACACAAUAACAUUUCUUCUUCAUUGGAUCGUUUGUCAUCGUUUAUAUUUACCGAAUGGAAGUUCCAUAACGACAAAACUAUGGCACUGCAAAAAUGGUUAAAACCGGAGGAUCAGAAAGAUUUUAACUUGGAUAUCAGCGAAUUGCUGUGGAUCGACUAUUUCGAAGAUCUAACAAAGGGAGCUCGCCGUUAUCUUAAUAAAGAAAACAUGAAAAACAUCGAAGCUGCGCGCGGAAAGGACACACUUUUAAUGGUAUUUCAUCUGAUAUUACAAGGAGUUAUCUACUGUAUGGUUUGGUAUACAAUUGCAACAUGCUCCGGGCUAUCAAUGACCAGUACUGCAUUUAUCGUUCCGCUUACCAUAUUUUUGUGUUCUUACAUCUAAGCUUGGGUAUAAUAUGAGUAUUAUCGUGGUAUAGAUUAUUUAUUAUCUGGAUCUGAAUUAUUAAGUUUUGCAUUUUUAAAUAUCU